AAUCACAAUGCAGAAUAGUUUAUGUUAUGUUUACAUUCGUGCACAACAACAACACAGACAGCGAUGAUGAUGGUGGUGAUGGUCUGGCUGGUGGUGUUGUGCUCACUGGCAACGCUGAGCAGACCAGUGGCGGCAUCCAAGUGCGAGGGAGGACCGUGUGGGCCCACGCACCAGCGAUGCGGCCCAGCGUUCAAGGACGCGCCAAAGUUCCACGUCAUGGACCCCACCUGCGGUGAGAACGACCCAAACGGCCCUUUCUACGACCCCGUGCACAAGCUGUACCACCUCUUCUACCAGGACCACCUGGCCAUCGACCCGGGCAACGGGCCGGACUGGGGGCACGCCGUCUCCCGCGACUUUGUGCACUGGGCACACCUCCCCGUCGCCAUCUGGAACGACAAGCCUUACGACCGCAACGCCAUCUACACGGGGUCAGCAACCAUCGUCGACGGCAAGCCCGUCAUCGUGUACCCGGGCCUGUGCUUCAAGAAGGAGUACCCAAACUGCGAGACCGGCACCCUCCUGGCCAUUGCCGUGCCCGCAAACGCCAGCGACCCGCUCUACACCAACUGGACAAAGCCCGCCUACAACCCCAUUGUCAACAACACCCAGCGCGACCCCAGCACCGCCUGGAAGACCUCCUACGGCGAGUGGCGCCUCACCACGUACGACGGCGUCGUCUACGGCUCCAUCGACUUUCGCGAGUGGUACACUGUGGGCAAGUCCCAGUUUCCACAGGGCGAGUGCCCUUCCUUGUUCCCCCUCCCCAAGCUCUACCCUGGCACAUGCAACAACAACAACAACAACAACAACAACAACAACAACAACAACAACAACAACAACUUGCCGACGCAUGUGCACAAGUCCUCGCACGAGGGCAAGGACUGGAUGCAGGUGGGCACGUACACGGACGCAGCCCCAGGGCACACGGGCACGUGGCAGGCCACGCCCGGGUACAGCUUCGAGCAGGUCAUGAUUGAUCACGGCGACUUCUAUGCGUCCAAGGAUUUUUACGACCCCGUCAAGGACCGCCGCAUCAACUUUGGCUGGGCCACCGUCCCGCCCGCGUCCACGCAGUCGCUUCCACGCCACGUCACCUGGCACCCGACCCUCAAGCAGCUCAUGCACUCGCCCGUGGAGGAGCAGAAGCAGCUGCGCGGCGCCGUGCUUGCCUCCGUCAGCAAGCCCACCGCCAUCCCAGCCAACGGCCAGGUGUACCUGGGCGAGUGGUCCAACACGCGCGGCAACCAGUCCGAGGUGGUCGUCGUCUUCCGCCGCCCAAACACCACGUGCACCUUUGGCGUCGACGUCAUGACUAGCCAGGACCCCUCCGCCCCGCGCACGCGCGUGUAUGUGGAGGUGGAGGUGGACCAGGCCACCGGCAACACGUCAGCGGUGGUCGGCAUCAGCGCCGGCGAUACCCCGCUGCCGCCCCCAAUCCUGGGCACGUACAUGCAGCACACCGACCUGCCCUCGGGCGACUUCAACGUCACCAACGUCAACUACACAGACCCACGCGUGUGCCAGAAGGUGUGCCUCGACAACCCGCAGUGCGCCGCGUGGACCUACGUCUUGCGUGGGCCACUGUACGCAGCCUGCUGCCAGAAGUACGCCAGCGGGUGGACAUACAAUCCGCAAAACCCAACGUGCACCUCGGGGGUGCGCACGCCGCGGCCGGCACCGACAGCGCCGCUGGAGGCGGAGCUGCGCCUGCUGCCCAGCGACGACACAAUCGAGGUGCGCGUGUUCACGGACAACACGUUCAUUGAGGCAUACUGGAUGGACGGGCGGGUGGCCAUGACAUCCAAGCUGCUUGGCCAGGCCCCACAGGCAGGGAUCAGCACCUUUGCCAAGAACGCUACCGUCACCUUCACCUCGGCCAAGGUCUGGCACGUCAACAGCAUCUGGGUCUCCCCAGACGACGUCCUCGCCACCGCGACGUCACCAUAG